UUCUUUGGCCGAAGUAUUGACUUUCUCAGUGACUUGAAAACUGAGAGCAAAGAGAGAAAUGGCGAGGAGGCGGGAGCGCCGGGGGGAACCGAGUCAGGACCGGCGCAAAGAGCGAAUUGGACCAGAAACUCGAGAAGAAAAACUCAACGACUCAGAUGCUUCGGAGCGUAAGCUUAUCGGUAUAUUCAUACUCUUCUUCAUCAUAAUUCCGGCAGUAUCUGUUCUCGUAUACGUAUACAAAUACGGGUCAGGAACGAAACGUUUGGAACCGGUCAUAACGGAGCGAGGACCCAUCAAAACUGAUAUUAAUUUCCAGGAGAUCCUCACUGAGAAUACGAACGUAGCUGGAAAUGAAUCGCAAAGAAAUUAUGAUUAUCCGGUAUUGGCUUACAUUACUCCAUGGAAUUCGAAGGGAUAUGAAAUGGCAAAGAGGUUUAAUUCUAAGUUUACUCACUUAUCACCUGUUUGGUAUGAUUUGAAAAGCCAUGGAAACAGCUUGAUUCUGGAAGGGAGACAUAAUGCUGAUAAAGGAUGGAUAUCAGAGCUUAGAAUGAGGGGAAAUGCUUUGAUAUUACCUAGAAUAGUUUUGGAAGCAUUUCCUACAGAGCUGCUUAAAAAGAAGAAACAAAUGGAUAAAGCUAUUGAUCUCAUGGUAACUGAGUGCAAAGAAAUGGAGUAUGAUGGUCUUGUGCUAGAGUCUUGGUCGAGAUGGGCUGCAUACGGUGUCUUGCAUAAUCCAGACUUGAGGAAUAUGGCCCUCAAGUUUAUAAAACAACUCGGACAUACACUGCAUUCUGUGACAUCAACAAGGAAUCCCAAGCAACAAUUGCAGUUGGUAUAUGUUGUAGGUCCACCACAUUCAGAUGCGCUCCAGCAGCAUGAUUUUGGACCAGCUGAUCUUCAGAGCUUGAGUGGUUCUGUAGAUGGUUUUUCACUUAUGACCUAUGACUUCUCGGCUCCUAAUAAUCCUGGUCCAAAUGCACCUCUCAACUGGAUACGCUUUACCUUACGGCUGCUUCUUGGUUCCACGGGUAACAAUGCUCAGAGAUUGGCUCCAAAGAUAUUUCUUGGCAUCAAUUUUUAUGGCAAUGAUUUUAUCCUUUCAGAAGGUUCUGGUGGUGCUGGAGCUAUCCUUGGUAGAGAUUACCUCUCAUUGUUGGAAAAACAUAGGCCUCAACUACAAUGGGAAAAGAACAGUGGAGAGCAUUUUUUCGUUUAUUUCGAUGAUAACAAUGUCAGACAUGCGGUGUUCUACCCUUCGUUGAUGUCGAUUUACAUGCGGCUAGAGGAAGCUCGAUUCUGGGGAACCGGCAUUUCGAUAUGGGAAAUCGGACAAGGUUUGGAUUACUUCUUUGAUCUUCUAUGAUCAUUCCACUUUUGUUGCAACACAUGAUUCUGGUUUCAUGCCAUAUGUGCUGAAAUUAGAAUUUUCAAGAAAUUUUUUUUUUCUCUUCACUCUAUUUCUUUGGUAUUUGUCUAUUUUGCACAGUUGCACCCACCAUUUUAUGUUUUCUCCAAGAGGUUUGAGUGUAAUUUGAUUUAGCUUUAAAUUUGCCCCAGUCCCUGUACUAUUCCUGAAUUUUGAAA